AUGUACUUAAAUACAUAUCGCGGAAGCCCACACUUUCCUCCAUUUAUUACCAUCCCUCCACCACCCCCGAUCUCACAUAUUUCCGACUAUUUAUACCCACAUAACUCCGCCUCCACUCCACUACCUCCGCCACCACAAACUGCCAUGGGCUUCUCUCUUAAACUCGCCGUGGUUUCCGCCACUGUCUUGUCAACCGCUGUCAUGAUAAAACUUGUAGCACCUGUCAUUAUGGAGCUGACAAUCUCCGACCUUCCUUUCAUAUGGACCUCCGUCAUCUCUUGGCUCAAACCGCCGUAUCUUUACGUCGUCAUCAACUGUAUCAUCAUCACCAUCGUUGCUUCUUCACGCUUACAGUCCAAGCUCGAUGAUUCUCCUUCUCCCUCGAUCUCAACUCUCCCAACUGCACUCCUACUCUCAACUGAGCCCGUCAAGGUUGAGCUACCCCCACUGGAACCACCGUUCCACGGUGGUCAAUUGGCGAAUGAACCCGUGAAGAUCACCGCCGCUAGUUACGGCGAUAGUCCGAUGUUUGUUCAAGCUCCGGAACCGGAUUUUGGUAUUCCUCAGUUUACUGAUGUAUACAAGGAUGAAGAUAUGAAGGUAGCAGCCGAAGCUUAUGAAGAAAUCACAAAUAAUAAAAUUAAUAAGCAUGUAAUCUCGAUGUCUUCCUGGACCCCGUCAAAUAUAAAUCAAGUAGAUCUCACUUUUCCGGUGGAGAAACCACCAGCUUCCGCCAGAUUCAGCCACCGGAAACCUGCAAAAGGCAGCGCCGAAGGUGGACGGACGUUGGGAAUUGCGAAGCCGAAGCGUCAGGACACGCUGGAAACCACGUGGAAGACAAUAACGGAGGGCCGGUCGGUGCCUUUGACGAGACACCUACGUAAAUCUGACACGUGGGAGACACACCGCAACUCCGAGGACUCACCAAUCGAGCAUCACCCCGAAAGGAUGACGAAGUCCGAUACGUUUGACGUCAACCGCGGAGGUGGCAGUAGUAGGAAACCACCGCCUUUGCCGUCGAAGCUGAGUCGGUCGGGUGGGUCAGGGAGGCUGAGGAAGGAUCCGUCGUUGGGGCAGGAGGAGCUUAACCGGAAAGUGGAAGCCUUCAUCAAGAAAUUCAAUGAGGAUAUGAGAUUACAGAGACAAGAAUCCUUGAAUCAGUACAUGGAGAUGAUCAAUCGUGGGGCACAUUAAAUUGGCAACGGUCGUUCGUACAUACGUUCG